AUGGCUAAAAGCUAAAGCGAUCGGUGCGAAAGUCAGUGUAGUCGGUGGCAGAUUUUCACUUUUAUUUAAAUUGUUAAAAACAUUAUUAUAUAAAAAAAAAUUACGGACAUAAUUUAUCAAUCCGCAGUCAGAGAGACAAGUAAAACUGGUGAUCAUUUUGGAAUAUCCUCUGUAUUUGUUGUGUACGGCAGUGAUGGACCUUUCGGUGAUGUUAAGGAAUUUCUGCCUCCGGAUGGUGAUCCAGGUGUAAAACCGUUUCCACGGCGGUUCAUUGUGAUGAAUCUGCUGUUCUACAUAGAAGAAAUGAUUUGUGUUGUUGCAAAUCAUAACCUCAAUUGCGCGUCUUUGUGAAUACGUCGAUUCGUCGUCAAUCCCCCGCGCGACGUCUAUAACAGAAGUAAAGUUUAUUCUUUAUAUAUGAUUCAACGCGAGUAUCAAAUGAACAACGGGUUUAGUACAGGAGAAGAAGAUUCUCGAGGAAAUUCCGACCAAAUAUGUUGCCUUGUGGAUGAUAGCGAACGGUGCAGACGGUCCGCUGGCAACGCGGCGUACAGCAAACGCAUCCAGAAGACGGUCACCCAGCGGCGGCUCAAGCUGAACAUUGACCCUCAGGCCAGACAUACAUACAUUUGUGACUAUCACAAAAACAUGAUACAGUGUGCACGGACGAAGCAGAGGAGGCCUAAGGACUCAGAGGAUGACAGUAACGAGGCAGAGAUGGAUUCGCCAGAGGUUGACUGGUUCUCGCUGCAAGUGAACACCCUAAGGCGUUACAAAAGGCAUUAUAAGGUGCCUACGCGGCCCGGCUUCAACAAGGCUCAAUUAGCAGAUGCUAUACAGAAACACUUCAAGUCAUUGCCAGUAAAUGAAAAGGAGAUUAUGACAUAUUUUAUUUAUAUGGUAAAGACAAAUGGCAACAAACUGGAUCAGAAGAAUGGAAUCAACUCGGAUUCUGUAUAGACUGUGGUGUAACUUAUUUUAGAAGACAUAGACUUAAUUAGAUUAUUUUAGGUACCUAUUCUUACUCUAUUUCUCUUCUUAAAUUAUCAGUCGCAGAUGGUUACUUGGGAGUCGUAAUUAAAUAUGAUAUUUCCUCUAUUGCAUUACAAUUUGUAUUAAAGGGUUAACAAUUUGAACUCAUAUGCUACUCAAUACUUUUUGUUUUAGAUUGACUUAUGGUUUAAAUUUUUAAUACAUCCUCAUUCCUUGCAAUAAACAGUAAAUAAUAAUAAAUAAAUAUUAUAGGACAAUUUUAUACAAAUCAGCCUAGUCCCACAGUAAGCUCAAUGAGGCUUGUGUUGUGGGUGCUAGACAACAAUAUAUAUAAUAUACACAUAUAUACAUAGAUAACAUCCAUCAUAACUCAGGAACAAAUGUUUGUGAUGAACACACAAAUAAAUGCUCUUACCAGGAUUCAAACCCGGGACCUCCUGCUUCGUAGGCAGGGUCACUACAGAGUUACAGACUAGGCUAGGAGGCCACAAACAUUGAUAGGUUUUAUUUUAAUACAUUCUCAUAAUUGGUAGGUACCAUUGGUUUACAAUUAUUAGUAUAUUAUGGUAGAAAAUAAAAUAUAUUAAAACAUUUAAAACCAUCUGUCAGCCAUAAACUCUAAGUUCUACUCUGUUAGGCAUUUUGAUACAAAAUUGUUUUGUAAUUUAGCCUUGGGAUAUUAUAUUUGAUUGCAGCGUAAUGCACCUGUUUUUUCUUGUAUCAAGACAGAAUGUAUUGGGAAAUAUUGAGAAUGAAAAUCAAUGUGUGAUGUUUACUAAUCCUUCAUUAAUAUUGUGUGACAUUUUAAAUAAUUUUAUGAAAUUAUUUUCCAUAAAUGAACUUAUAUUACAAGAAUGUUUUAACCAUUGUAUGAAUCUGUAAUCAUCUUAUGAUGAAAUGAACGUCAUUAUUAAAUAAUAUUUAUUUCCAUAUAGUAUAAUUAGCCAAUAUUUUUGUAUUAUACUAUCCUUGCAGUGUCAAAGUGUUAUGUAUGAUUGUUAAUUUAUGAGGGAAAUGCAAUGCUAAUAAUAUAGUACUGUUAAGAGAUAAUAACAGUAAAUUGUAAAAUGGAUUUUUAUUACAUUUUAUGUAACAUA